AUGGCACCAAAUCUACGCCCACCGCGAAUCUCCCGGAACCAACAGAACACUCAACUGAGUUACGAAUUACCCCAGCGCAUCCACACGGCGAAGACAUACCCGCGCCUGUCCCCCAAUGGAUCUACCGUCAUCCUCUACGGGCUCGAAAAUGGAGUGAGGGUGGUCUGGAGAGGCGGCAAGGCCUUUAAGGCGCCGUCCGAACCGUCGGCAGCUUCCCAAAAGGCCAACGGAGCUGAAGAUGCUGUCAUUCUUCUUGAUUCCGAUGACGAGGCUGGUCCGCCCCAGAAGUUUGAUGACAAGCCCGAAUUUGAGGAUGAGGAGGAGGAGGUGGAUCCCUUGAAGCCACACCCAGAGAUCUUGCAAACGCUGGACCUACACCUCGGGACCAACGUCUUCCACAUUGCGCUGCUCCCCACGGCGGUUCUAAAGGCAGAAGGGGCAACCUGGCGAGGUCUCGAGCCGCUGAAGCAGAAGAUUGUGUUUACAGCGUCGUGUGGCGACAACGAUCUCAGAUUAAUCACCCUGCCGCUCAUACCACCAUCCCCGGCAAGCAAGGCCCGGCCCGAGUUCCGAUCGAGCUUUGCAGAGGCAUAUGCUGGAAAUGGUAGAUGGGGCGAGACCGUCACCCUUCUUAAAGGACAUCAAAGCCCUUCCGCGGGCGUUGCUAUGACAGCGAGUUUCGGCACCAGCCCCAAGAAUAACUCAAAUUCCUCGGCCACAGCAGGGGCACAAAUAAUUGUUGCUUCCCACUCAUUAGAAGUUACGGGCUUGCUACUCCUUUACAGAAUCUCUGUGAAAUCCCAACCACGUCAUGUGGAACCAUUUCAAAAGAUACAUCUAGCUUCGCCUGCCAAAUCGAUCUCCUUCAAUCCCUCUCUUUCGGGACAGCGCUCCAGCCACCUCCUCUUAGCAGAUACCAAGGGUACCUGUCGGAUUUACGACUACAGCAAACUGUCCACCAGCUCUGAAGAGGGAUCGGAAAGUACUGUGGCCGAGAGGGGAACAUGGCUCUUGCCUUUAUAUGCGCCUUUCCAAGGCACCAAGGAUAAUCAGCAAGCUGCACAUCCUAUGAGCGCCCACGCUGGAUUCGGGAGGAAAACGAUCAUUGAUGCGCAAUGGGUGUCAGGAGGAAAGGCAGUUAUCGUCUUACUUGACGAUGGGGAAUGGGGUAUCUGGGAUAUUGAAGGCUAUGGACCAGGUGCAUCAAAGGGUGGGCUACAGCGUGAAGGUGUGAAUGGUGGCUCCGUAUCGGAAUUCAGCCUCGUUGGGUACAUUGACAUUGCCGCCAAGCCUCGACAAUCAGGGGCUCCACAAAUCACCGGGCCCAAAUUUGUUCCAAUGACGCCCUCAACACGGAAGGCAAUCGAGCUUUUCAGCAAAUGCGCGGCCUCUAAUGGCAUAGUCAACGGGCAAAUAUCCGUCGCCGAAAUUCGUUCAUCUUCGCCUACCAGUCCAUCCGAAGAAUCGGUCGCCUUCUGGUUAGGCGAGACCUUCGCCCUUAUAUCAAACCUUCAAAAGUACUGGACAGCAAGGAAUUCCAAACCGGCCAAAGGAGGACAAGGCAAUUUGUUUGGAGGCGGGCCAUCGGGCUCUGGGCUGAUCCGACUCGAAGGUAUCGAUCUCCAAGGCGAGCAAUGCUCAGGCAUUGAGCAACUUACCAAACGAGCCCCAACCCAAGCAGAUCUACCAACCGAUCUGUUGAUUCUAGGUGAGCAUCGGUUUACCAUCCUCAGCAUAAAGAGUCAGACGAAGGAAGUAAAGGCUCGUGUUCCAUCUUCAAGGUCGGCACUUGAGGAGAAAACGGGCAAUAAUGCCAUGGAUUUGGAUGUAAUUGGUAUUGACCAGGCAUUGGCGAGGAUGGAAAACGUACAACCGAAGCGGGGGAAGUUGUUCGGCGCCUAA